AUGGCGGAGCCGCGCCGGGUGCCGUUCAUUAGCCUGUCACCCGUGAGGCGCCGCGAGGGCGAGAGCCCGGCGCUGGAGCGCGAGCCCGGGGCCCGCGAGCCGGAGCCGCCGCCGGCGGGCCGCGAGGCGCCGCUGUUGGCGCCGCCGGAGCCGCCGCACGAGCUUUCCCGGCCGGAGCCGCCGCCGCCCCGCGAGAGCGCCGCCCGCCUGGAGCCGUCCCGCGAGACCGGCCGGCCCGAGCAGCAGCCGCAGCGGGAGCCCCCCCGGCCCGAGCCGCCGCCGCUGCCGCCGCCGCAGCUACCGCCGCCGCCGCGCCAGGGCAGCCGGCAGGAGCCGCCGCCGCCGCAGGAGGCGCUCCCGCUCCGCCAGACGGUCCGCCUGGAGGUGGUGCUGAAGGACCCCACCGAGGAGGGCUGCGUGGAGUUCAGCUACCCGGAGCUGCUACUGUGCGGGGACUCGCGGAAGAAAUCAGUUCACUCAGAAGAUCCAUUUAAUGAUGAACAACGUGAGCGGCACGAAGUAGAAAUGCUGGCCAAGAAGUUCGAGGCAAAAUACGGUGGAAAGCCCCACAAACAUCGGAAGGAUCGCCUGCAGGAUCUAAUUGAUAUAGGUUAUGGUUAUGAUGAAACGGACCCUUUCAUUGAUAAUUCUGAAGCGUAUGAUGAAUUAGUUCCUGCAUCCCUGACAACCAAAUAUGGAGGGUUUUAUAUCAACACUGGUACACUGCAGUUCCGCCAGGCAUCUGACUCUGAGGAUGACGACUUUGCAGAAGACAAAAAGCAUAGGCCACCUAAAAUAGCAAAGUUAAAAGAAAGUGAAGAUCGUGGGAUGAAGAAGCGCAAACGGAAAGAUGAAGGGACAGAAAAGGAGAAGAAGCCUCGGAAAAUGAAAGUUCCUAAGCAAUUGGGAGUAAUGGCCUUAAAUUCACACAAGUCUGAAAAGAAGAAAAAGAAACUAUAUAAAGACUCACUCUCUCUGGCUGCCAUGAUCCGUAAAUUUCAAAAGGAGAAGGAAGCCAUGAGGAAGAAGGAAUCUAGUCCAAAACCGCCAGUGACUGUUGUAACCUCUACCCCUAGUAAAAUACCUUCCUCCUCUCUCAGUGCAGGAAAUGAUAUCUCUGACUUGAAUCUUAGGAUCAGUGAUCCUGUCCUCUCCAUUUUUGGUAGCACAAAUGAACGUGAGCUCCUGCAAGAAGAUGAAAGUGCCCUGGAGAUGCUGGGAGACAUUGACUUUGACAAGUUGCUUGAUGGCAUUUCUGAUGGCAGCCCGGUAUCUGAGCUGUCAGGAGAAAAUGGAAAUGUCACUCAGGCAACCUACACCUCUCAGGUCAUGACACCCAAGCAGGUGCCUGCCCUCCCAGAAGGUCUGCCUGUGCUACUUGAAAAGCGCAUUGGAGACCUUCGAACAGCCGCCAAGAUGUUUGAUGAAGAAGGCAGGAAGAAGUUUUUCACGCAAGACAUGAAUAAUAUUCUGCUGGAUAUUGAGCUACAGUUACAGGAGAUAAAUCCUGCCAUCCGCAAUGGAGUGUAUUCUCACCUUGAGGCUUUUGUGCCAUGCAAUAAGGACACACUGAUAAAGCGUCUGAAGAAGUUACACCUCAAUGUUCAGGAUGACCGCUUGAGAGAACCACUGCAAAAGCUGAAGCUGGCUGUCAGUAAUGUCAUGCCUGAACAGUUAUGCAAGUAUCAAGAGGACUGUCAGGCCCGCAGUCAAGCCAAGAAUGCCAAGUUGCAAGCAGAAGAUGAGCGAGAGAAAAAUGGAUCAGAGGAAGAUGAUGAUGAGAAACCUGGAAAGAGAGUUGUGGGACCCAGAAAAAAGUUUCACUGGGACGACACAGUGAGGUCUCUAUUGUGUAAUCUUGUCAAGAUCAAGCUGGGAUGCUAUGAGCUAGAGCCAAAUAGAAGUCAAUCUGCUGAAGAUUACCUCAAAACCUUUAUGGAAACAGAAGUGAAACCACUUUGGCCUAAAGGCUGGAUGCAGGCAAGGAUGCUUUUUAAAGAAAGCCGAAGUGUUCACAAUCACCUCACUUCUGCUCCGGCAAAGAAGAAGGUGAUUCUGGCACCUAAAGCCAAAGUGAAGGACUCAAGUCCAAAGAAAGAACAGAAAACCUGCAUGUCUUCAGUCAAUUCGAGUUGUGCUACUGUCCUGAGCUCCAGCACACCUGUCUGUACCCUAGCCAGCUCCAGCUGCACACCAGCUCCAGAGACGAUCUGCUUGGAUGACUCACUGGAUGAAGACCUCUCUUUCCACCCACCGUCACUAGACUCUAUUUCUGAUGCUCUGGCAGUUAUCAAUAAUGGUGCCAAGGGAUCACCUCUUGGGUCCACCAUAGACACACCAACAUCCAGACCUCGCCCUGGGCUGAGGGAAGAGAAACUAGCGAGCAUUAUGAGUAAGUUGCCCCUGGCAACUUCAAAGAAAGUAGAGCCCACUCAAACGCCCCAUUCAUCAAGUCUUAUUGCUGGUCACACAGGGCCACUACCAAAGAAACCCCAGGACCUAGUUCACACUGGUAUCUCUUCAGGCCUUAUUGCUGGAUCUUCAAUUCAAAAUCCUAAGGUUUCCUUAGAGCCUUUGCCAGCCAAACUACUUCAGCAAGGACUACAGAGGUCAAGUCAGAUCCAAGCUGCUUCCUCUUCUUCGCAGACUCAUGUUUCUUCCUCUAAGACCCAAGCAGCUAUUUCCACCUCUUCUCAAAGAACCAAGGAUGCUAAUAUCCUGGUAUCAUCUUCUGAGGCACAAGGUGGUUCUUCCUCAGCAUCACAAGUGACAAAGGUGCACCAGCAUUCAGCUGUACAGCAGAAAUAUGUAUCUCCCUUACAAGCAACUAUUAGUAAAUCACAGACCAAUCCAGUGGUAAAAUUGAGUAGUAAUCCCAAACUGUCUUGCUCAUCACCAGUCAUCAAAGCUCAAGAUAAGCCUGUAGUAUAUCGCCUGCCUUUGUCGAAUCCUUCAUCCGGAAGUGGCUCUCAACAAGUGUCUCACCCACUGGUUUCUCGGACAACAUCCAGCACCUCUACCUCUAGUAACUAUUUAGCCAAGGCUAUGGUGUCACAAGUUUCUUCCCAGGGUUUCAAGCCCCCCUUCUCCAUGGCUGCCUCUCCCAAACCUGCUGCCUCUCCCAAGCCCACUGCAUCUAAGCCCUCUGUGACACCCAAGCCCAAUGCAUCACCUAAAUUCUCAUCCAAGUCCACCUCAUCCCCUAGGCCUGCAACAACACCCAGUUCUUCCAGUUCAAGUGCACUAGUUUCCCAGAGUAGUCACUCCAGCAACAACCCCCUUCAUAAACAGACCAGUGGUGUAAAUAUCAGCAGGCAGUCUCCCACAAUGAAUUUGCUGCCCUCUAAUCGCACCUCAGGCCUUCAGCCUGCAAAGAACCCUCAGGCUUCUUCAAAAUUGCCCAACUCUUCUCCUACUGGACCUGUUGGUAAAAGUAAUUUGGGUGGAGUUGGAAUGAAUGUACCUGCCAGCAGAGGCAGUAACCUUAACUCAAGUGGAGCUAGUAGGACUAGUCUGUCUGGGGGAGCAGGAAGUGGAACACAGGGUGCUACUAAACAAUUGUCAACUCCACACAGACCAUCUUCUGCCUCAGGGUCUCCAGUUGUCGCAGCCAGUGUGCAGUCAACAGCAGGAGCGUCGUUACUGGCUAACGCCUCACCUCUGACUCUCAUGGCAUCACCCCUGUCUGUAACCAGUCAGAACGUGACGUCUGCACCAUUAACUCCUUUCGGGAUGCUGGGUGGCCUUGUUCCUGUGACCGUGCCCUUCCAGUUUCCCUUGGAGCUGCUUGGAUUUGGGACGGACACGGCUGGAGUGACAACCACCUCGGGAUCUACCUCAGCGGCUUUCCACCACAGCCUAACUCAGAACUUACUGAAGGGUUUACAGCCAGGUGCUCAGCACGCAGCAACGCUGUCUCACUCACCUCUGCCUGCUCACUUGCAGCAAGCUUACACAGAUGGAGGCCAAAGUAAAGGGGACACUAAGUUACAGCGGAAAAACCAGUGACUUCUGGACAAGCAAGGGAGCUGAAGCAGUUCUGGUUGGCUGACAGAAUCUGCCCAGUUGGGAAAGUGCUUAUUGUCACAGGGCUGCUGUUUCUGUCGAUGUUUACAUAUUCUGAUCCCAAGCACUGUGGUGAGAGGAAGAAGAAAAAGAAAACAAUACUUGAUCAAAGAGAGAAGGAAAAGGAGGACUGGUCCUCCUGGUCAUGCAGACUGGUCAUAGUUUGAUCUUGCCUAAAGAAACAAGCUUUUUUUAUCUGCUCUGAUUGGCUUUUAAAAGAAAUUGAUCGUCAAACCCACAGCAGCACAAACUUUUUUUUUUUCUGGGCUAUGUCCAAUGAUGAGUUGAAAGCGUGAGAGGAGCUAGAAUAGGUUUCUCCAUCCAUUGUGUAAGGUGGGAUAAUCCACUUCAUUAGUUCCCAAAGUGCCCAGUGUAAGGUCUGCGUAGGUCCUGAGUGUACCAUAUGGUUGCAGACCAAAGGUUAUGUAGAGUAGAGGUGUUGCUGGGAUACUUGGCAUUAUAAUUAGGCCCUUACACAAAUGCCAUUUCUGAUAUGGGCAUUUUUCCAGCUUUACAAGGCUGUUUGGCUUUAGGGAGCCUACAGAUGUAUGCUGUCUCUUUUGGGAGUCAUCUUCAGAAACAGAUCUCUUGGUACAUUGAGAUGUGAGACACACUACUGGGAAACCCUUUGCUCCUUGUUUAAGUUUUUAUAAAUAAAGGUUCUUAUUUAUGGGAGGAAGAGGAUGGACAUUUUUCCAUUUACAUGAAAAGGAAAUUGACAUUUUAUUGGUCAGACUAGCAUUUUUCCCACUUUUUUUUAAAGGCACACUGAUUUUUUUUUUUUUUUUCAGUCUUUCCAUUUGUUAAAUUUUCUCUUCCUUUGCCUUGUGAUUAUCUGCUACUGAAAUUAAGUCAUGUUCUAUUCAUGACUUCUAAAACAUGACUAGUUCUUUACUCAUUCAAGAUCUUCCUCAUCUUUCAUCUAACUCCUCCCAAAAACCGUGCAUUAUCCUGAUUUGCUAGUUUGAGAAAGCUGAUUGUGACCUAUUCCAGAGCCAGGUUAAUACUGCUUCAGGCAUUAGCCAAAGAGGAGUCGUUCAAAAGCGACCAGAGGUGCCUUCUCUUCUGGGGGCUGAAUAGGUUGUCUCCAGCAUUUCCAGCCCCUGCUGGCCUGGGGGGUUCCUGACCUGAACUCUUCCUUAUAUGGUAGCACAAGACUAUAAAGCUGGCUUUUUGGGGUUUGUUUGGGUUGUUGUGGUUUUUUUUUGAUAGCAAUACAUCGACUGGUUCAUUUGUAAGAUUAGGAAGUAUCCAGCACAUGUUGCACUUUCAACACUAAGACAGAACUUUGCUGUUGAGUCCCUUGCGCUGUCAGAUAAAAAAGGUGAGAAUGGCAGAAACUGAAAUAAAUCAUAGGGGAAAGGAGGAAAUAAAAUAGUAUGAUGCCCAUCUCCUUCAACCCCAAAACAUUCCUUUGGUCAGAGAUGCUGAAAUUUCUAGUACCUAGUGUUUCCAGUAGUUUGAUUUGAGAUUGAACCAGUGACCACUGGUCAUCUCUCACUUUCCAGAGACUUUGGCCCAUGGAUAAUGAAUCUUCAAGGGUUUUUGCUAGAUUAACUUAUAGCUUUCAGGUUUCUUUUACAUGUGAUUUAUUUUUCUUAGACCAGACAACAAUUUCUUUUCUAUUUAGAGCUCAUUUUAAUUUUAUAUAAAUAUAUAUACGUGAAUUUAAAAUAAUAUAUAUUGUGUAUUUAGUAUAAAAAUGUUGGGUUGAGCUCAGCAAUAAAUGUUUUUGCACAACACUUCUGUGAAAGACAGAUUGAAUUAAAAUAAGAUGCAUUACUGCGUUAAUUUCACUCCACAGCAUCUGCCAAUUAAAUGCUUUUUAGCUAGUGCUAAUGUUUUGUAUGUGGUGUGUUGAUUAGAUAAGCUUGCAUCUCCAUCAAGGUUACUUAGAGUUGAAACAUACAGCUACAUAGACUCUGGCAUUCUUACUACUGUGCAAAUUCUGUCAAAACACCAUAAACUAUUUAGACUGCAAGCUUUAUCUGAUGAUUUUUCUUUCUCUUUUCUCCAGGAAGGGUUGAACGGAGAAAGCUUUUGUUUUUUGAGGCCUAACAGUUCUGGCAGGAUAGUAAUUCUCUGAACUGUCUCAAACCUGAUACUUUUUAACAAUGCAUGUAGCUAAGGGAGUUGCAGCAGUGAGCCAUCAGGCGGCAAUAUGUUUGAAAGACCCUCUCCUAAGAGUUCUACCUCUUCUGUGUUUUCCUCAUCAAGGCAUCUCAUUCAAAUUGGCAUCUUUUUGUCUUCAUACUCAAUGAAAUCUCAGACUGGGAGACUUAGAGCCCCUUAUAACUACAGCACAAAUUUCCUUUUGACAUUCCUCUUUUCCUGGAAGUACGCCUCAGCUUGGGUUGAGGAAUAUCCGCUCUAAAUCUUGACGAGGGUAGGAAUAGUCCUGUCUGUGCGGCCUAUUGAGCUUUUCAGUCCUGGGAAACAAGUAAACUAAUACUUACUGUGGAAAUAGGUAAUAGGAUGAUGAGAAUAAAGAUGACCAUAUGUCGUUCGUGCAGCCAGUUCAAACAGCCCCCCAGAGAGUAGCUGCUUUCAAGCAUUAUGCUCCUGAGCUUCUUUGGAAUCAGCAACAUAGCGAUUCCCUAUUCUCCCUGGUUAAACCUAGCAAGGCCACAUCCAAAGGAAGUAAUAGGGUGGCUCCCAGAGAUCUUGGCAGGUGGCAUAAACAAGAUGGGGAAGUGAAAGAUUUCUGCAACGUCCAAAUGCAAAAUAAGGUUAAUGUUUUACUGUUUUCUGCACAGCAGCUCUUCUAAAGACAUUUUGCCCCCAGGUUUUUACUACUUUUUAAGGGCCUUUGUUAAUAAAUAAACUGUAGUUGUACAUACUAAAUAACCCUCAGUAUUCACAAGCAAUAAGAAAGCCAAGUACAGCUGUCUUUUCCAGGCAGCAGGGCUGAACUUGGUUUGGGGACUGUAUAUGAGCUAACAUGUCAAGCUCACUGAAAGCCCCAAACAAAUGCAAGCAAUAAUUUCAAACACAGGUUUUAGGUGUUAAAACCAUCUAGGUGAUAUUUUCUGCUACAUGAUCCAAAGUCCCAAUAGUCAUGGUAGCUAUUUUAAGUUCUUUCAAGACACUUGUAAAGAAGGAAGGUAGAAUAGAUGAAAAACAGGCUUCAAAGUUUCCUGAUACUUUGGACUAUAACUGCAGUAUUCUCCCACUUCAAGACGCAAAUGGCCUAAACUACUUUGUCCAGCCUUCACUGUUGAUUUGAGAUACAUGACUAAUACCAAUCAACUAAGUCACAAGUGUGGAUGCUGUGGGUUUCACAUCUGUUUUCUGCUAAUCAGAAGUAACUUUUAAUUACAUGGGUUCUGCUUCUUGUUUGAAUCCGAUCAAAGUUGUCUGAUGCACAGAUUUGGGAGUGGGACAGGUGGCAAGAGCCUAUUUCCUUCCCACAGUCCCAUCAUCUGACCCUUCCUCCACACUCCUUCUCCAAUUGGUGCAAGACCCUUGAGGACAUGAAAACAGAGAAAACCUGCAACUCUCCCAAGCUGCCAUCAGUUGUGUUGAACCAUUAACCCUCUGGGAGUCAUCUUGGACUCCAACUAACUUUAUCACAUUUGCUGCUACAUUCAUAAAAUGAACUUUUGGCUGUAUUUAUUAGCAAACUUUAAUCUAGUUUACAGUUUGUUUGGUUUUCUUUUGAGUAGUUUUUGCCCACAGAUGGAUUAGAAGCGUUGGGGUGUUCGGGUUGUUUUUGGUUUGUGGUUUUUUUGGUUGGGUUGGGGUUGUGGGGUUUUUUUUUGAGUGAGUUGGUGAAGGCACAGUGGUCCCUCUUCUGCUUCUGUUUUGGAUUUUUUUUUAAAGAUGGCAUUGCAGGGAACCUGCAGCCAGGCCAAGCUGUGGAAGGCUUCCUCCCACACCUGGCUGUCAUCUUUUCCUGAACUGGGGGGGAAAUCGUUCAAGGGACACUUGCUUUUUGUUUGGGGAUUUUUUUCCCAUAAAAUGAUCCAGAAGGUGAAAGCAGUAGGUAAACGACUGAUUAACACUUUAUGCAAUUUUAAUUUUAUAGAAGUUUUAAAAGUUGGUAGAUUUUGAUUGGUCCUAGCUCUGGUGAAAUGGCUGUUACCCUCCAUGACUGACUUGAUUCAGGCCUUUGUCCUUUGUUUAAGUGCCUUUUUUUUUUUUAAUUUUAUUUCCCUACCCUCUUUAAACUGUUCUCAGAGAUCCCGAAGUGCUGGAAGGCAUUUUUGGAGGAAAAUCUUAAGCUUGCCAAGAUGGCUUUAUGCUGUUAUACUAUUUUUUUCCCUUUUGUAAAGAAGAAGAAGAAAAAAAGUGUGUAAUGUGUGUACCUUCAUAGCUGCUGUACCAUGGUGUUGGUUUUAUGUGCUUGUGCGUUCUUUCUCUCUCACACUUGACACGUGCACACACAUACACACACACACAGAGCAAUAUUCCUGAGAAACCUGUUCAUCCUUCUACAUUCUGCUGUCUCUGUUAAAGGUGAACAUUUGUGCAAAGAAGGCAGUACAAUAAAAGACCGUGUGUGUGUGGGUGAGUGUGCAUAACUGUGCAUGAGAGAAAGGAAGUUGCUAAUGGAAAUGAAACAUCUUGCAUUUUUCUCAAAGUUUUAAAUUUGGAUCUUAAGUCAGAAGUAAAACAUUAUGAGCCCUUUCUGCCGAUCUUAAGUACUGGACUGUUUCACACAACUACUGAGUCUAAGGCAAACGUGUGGCUGACAGCCCCGAAGAAGUGGCAGGGACGUUGGGAAGGAGGUUAAAAUAGCAGCUUGCAACAAAUUUAAGAUGAAUUGCAAGGAAUCUUCUGUGUGGCUAGUCCCAUCUACUGCGUGACACCAAUUAUUUCAAGGAUUGCAACCAAAGUUGUCACUUUACAUCAUGCAUUAUAUGUAAGUAGGAACUUGGUAAAACCUGCAAAAGCGCAGCUGCUAAUGGAAGUUAAACGUGGCUAUGCUUCACAUGCUGCCUAAACCAUUCACCACGAAGUACUUUUCUAGUUGUGUUUUUUCUCUGUUUGCAAUUUCAUUAAUGGUUUGUUUUCCUUAUAGAAACAAACAGUAAGUUCAUGUGUUGUUAGCUGCAAGUGAAUCCUCAGAGUCUGUGCUUGUUUCUUUGUUCUCUGACAAAAUUAGCAAUCUGCAAUAGAUCAUCUAGUGAUUUUUGACAAUUCUGUGUUGAAGAUCUAUCUUAACCUAUGAUUAUUAUAAACAUGCAUAUCUGAAAUUAGCAAUUCACUAGGUGACCUAGUGCUAAACUUAAGGUAGCAUACAUACACAUCACUAGAUAGACUGCGCUAGUUCUAUGAUGUGCUUCCCCUGGGGAACAUGUAAUUUUGAGUUGCAAUACAAAGAGGAAACAUUUACUUUCCAGAAUGGAAUAAAGAGUGUUUCAAUAGGUAGAAAACUCAUUUAGCAAGCAGAAAAUAAGAUCCCAAAUACAACAUGUUCCUGUGGCAGCAGAGAAAAGCCUAACUGCUACUUCAGUUCUUAGCUUGUCUUCACAUGUUUGAGUGAACCUGUUUAUGUAAAUAAAUUAGGCCAUCAGUGUUAUUUCUUCUUACCCAUCUAAGAGUGCCAGUCAAAGACAGGACUUGCUGGUAGCUCAGCCAGUUGGAGUGAUAAUGCUGCUUAAUCUGCCUUAGGUGCAGCAGUGAAGUUACUUCAGUACAGUUUGCCACAUCCAUGUGUGACAGUAAACUGAGUUAACCUGGCUCUUGUCUUGCUCUUCAGUUCAUUUUGGGCACACAUGCUCUUUAUCCUAAGCUGAUUUGUGAGGUGGGGAAUUGACAGCUGGCAAUGAUGCUUGACUGUUGCAGUCUUUGUUGGUGUUUUUAACAAAUGCAGUUCUGUGAAAAUCUGUGUCUGUCUACUGCUUAAGAAAUCACUGCCAAAAUAAGCAGCCAGAAGUAUGCUUACUGAGCCACUGGAAAGAUAACUAUUGUGUAGGGGAAUGCUUUGUGGAAACUUCUGGUGUGGCUUCAUCAUCCUUUUUCUAUGACCCGAUGAUCCCUUGCUGCUGUAAUAGCCUUUUGGGGCCAUAGAAAGCCCUGCUGCUGCUAUGAGUUAUGCUGAGAGAUCAGCAUGGCCUGGAACUGGCCCAAAACUGAGGAAGCAGAAAGAUUCCCUAGAGCUGUUUUUGCACACUCCUCAUAAAUAAAACUGUGCUAAUCUUGUCAGUAGUCAAGGAUAUAGGUCUGUAUUUUGUAGCCAUUUUUGACAGCUAUAAUUCUACACAGCAGCUCUGGAAAAAAAACAAAACAAAACAAAACAAACAAAACCUAAAACAAAACAACAUGUUUUCUAUCUAGAAGUGAAUUUCAGUCUCUUCCCCUGCUAUCACCUCCUGCUUAAAUAAUAACUAUUAGAUCUAAGUUUGUCUUUAUGGUAAAGUAAUCCAAAGCAAGCAGUGUACACCAUAUUGACUCCCAUCACGCUCAAUAUUAAGAGGAUUUGGUUUUAAUUGUUUUUUGCUCAACAGUGUGUGCAGAUGUAUUUUAUCCACAGAUAGUUAUACUUCUUACCAUCUAGUCCCUAAGAGAAAAGGGAGGGAAAGAAUCAACCAAAACCAGUCAGGAGAUAGCACCACUGUACACUAAACCGAGUAGCUGCAGAGGCAGCCAGAGCUUCUUUGAGACUUGCCAGACUUUACCAGAGGAGUGGGGAGUGGGGGAAGAAACUCUCUUGUGUUCUCAGCUUUUUCCAGAUAAGGCCUUAGUUUGAUUAGUAGUCACUAAUGUCAACUAUGCAGAUAAGUAUUUAAGUGUUUCAGUGUUACAUGCAUUCCUUCCCCCAGCUACCCCUCUUAAAACAUGCUGAAGUUUUACCCAAAGAAAAUGGAUAUUUUUUGAAUGUCUGUACUGCAGAAGUCUUUUUGCUAAUGCAAAGAAAGAAAUUUGUAUUUAAAAAACAAAGCCCUUUCACUGAUGCAACACGUAGUGUCAAGCUUGAAGAGGGAAGUUAAAAUCACCUCUUGUGACAGGUUUUAGUCUGAGAGUUUAUUAGACUACUUAGCUGUCAAAAUUGGUUUAAGAAGGUGCAGCAGUGUUUUUUACAUACAGAUUGGAUUUGGGGAGAAACUAAGGGGACAUCCCAGGUUUCCUGCCAGUAUCAGAAUUAAAUCCAUUUAUCACUUAAAGUUGCUUCUAAACUAUGGAAGUUGCCAGCUACACAACAGCUGGAUCUCUAAAUAAAAGCUAGAUUGCGAUCUCCAGGUAUUUCUCACUGAUCUUUUUAGUCUUGUUGUAUGUAACUACAGUUAACAAUUUAGCUCAGCGGUGAGAACAGAUAGUGUGUGUUUUUAUUGCUGGUGAUACCAUCAUGUAGCAAUUAGUACCAUGUUUUUGCAUAGUUCUCAAGUUCCAUACUGGAAAUAGGUAGAUAAAUUUUAUUUUUGGACUACUGUUUAAAAAUUUACAAAAUGAACUACUUCUACUGAGCAGCAUUAUAUUUUAGCAGUUAAACUUAGUACCCUUAUGUGAUUUGUCUCUUGUAGUCUUCUUUUAACUGAGGCUUAGAAGCAUUUCAUGAGUAAUCCUAAAAUGUCGGCUUAAGGUCAGGUACUUCUAAUAAAAGGGCAUCUGUGAUGUUAACUUCUGAUGUUACAAAAGCACUACGUUCCGAAUAUUUCAUUGGGAAAAAAUAUGGGUGUGAGUGCAAGUCCCUCUAGUUUUGCUUGAUAAAGAGGCUCAGUCAAGAACAGAGUAUCCAAAUACCUGCCUGCACAGCUAUUGGUAGUGGGGGAUCACCACCUCGACAGAGGUUUGGUCUCAGAUUCUUUUGGUAUCGCUUUUAUUAUAUAUGUAUUUUAGCAAGUUUGGAUAUAGCCAGCUUAAUGCUACCUGGCUUGCUGUGAUCCUCCAGACAGUGAAAGAAACAAAUGGGCAGAGUGUGUUCCUGCCUUUCACUAGGUAGCUCAGAACAAACAGCUGGCCAAGUGUUUUGUUAGAAACAACUGAUAAAUUACAGCUGGAAGUCUUUGCAUUCCUCAGCUUCAAAGGAAUAUGCAUUUAUUGUGGCAAACCCGUUUUGAGUUGAUGAUUCCUGGGAUGCUUUACGCAGUCCAGCCUGAAUUUGUACAAGGUAACCUUCCUCCUUUAAUACUCGCAUAUUUCAGAUCAUAGGGCUUUGUGAUGGAGAGAGAGGAUCCUAACAACUCUGUGCUUACCUGACAACCUCCCCUGUGAAAUGCUCCCCUCUUGUGACAACAAGCCUGAACAACAAAAUGCAGCUACAUUUGGGUGGUUAGCACCACUUUCAUUUGGAUUUUUAGGGAGAUGUGUUCCAAUAACUCCAAGGGAUAUACUGUGUUUUAAGUGUGUGAUUUAUUUCCUCUCUCCUUAUAAAACUGGACCUGAACGCAAGUUUUGAGUUGUUGGGUUUUUUUUGUAAUAAUCUCAGGACCUGAAAGAUUGUAGCAUUUAGUGUGUCUUAAAAAUGAUGUACUGUACCAGCCAUGGAUUUUGUAAAUACACCUGUCUCCCUUUUUUGUAUUUUAAUUUUUUAAAAGUGUGUAAGGCUCUUUGCCAGAGGAACUGGUGCCUGCUUAAUUUCCAUCCUGAACUGAAGCAGGAAAAGGAAGAAGCUGCUGCCACAAAAGCCCGCAUCAGUUCCAAAUGUGUAUAUUGUUCUGGUCAGUUUAAUGGCUGUUAGUCUUUUUGUUAGUUGGGAAAGCCGGUUUGUUCCCCUGCACGUUCCCAUUUGUGGCUAGCAGAGCCCCAUCAGGGAGACUAAUUUUGUGACUACUUGAUGUUUUCAUUCCUUCCAGCUACUCAGGUUUGCUAUCCCUGAGAAGUCUGAUGUUUUCAGAGGUCGGGACUAUUGGCUCUCUGCAAGAAUAGCUGGAGAGCAUUUCUCACUUUGUCCGUGCUGUGGUCCAAACACAGUAAUAGGGUUUGUAUCCUGCAGACCUUGCAGAUGAUGCCACCUCUGCCUGUUCCCAGAGGGACUCGCCCUUUUUGUUUUCUGCUUUCCUGAAAGGAGUGUAAAGAGGUUUUUUUUGGCAGCAGACUUUGCUCUGGGAUCUAACCUUGCCGGCAGACCCCUGUUCUGCAGUAGGAGCCUUACUCAAUUCGGCGUAGCUGUUCCCUGUCCCAACAGUGACAGGCUUUUUUCAUGAGUGUACUUAUCCUUUUUUUUUUCCUCUCCUGUGUCAUGUGUUUGUGCUGUAUUAAAUAAAGAGGAAUGUACAUAUUGGC